AUGGACUGGAGAAUCAGGAAGGUGAAAAGGAGAAAGGUUGAGGGUAAAGGCAGGCUUAAGCUAUGGAAGUUACGAUCGAAUGAAGGGAAGCAGUGUUUCCGUGACGAAAUUGCGACAUUGAAUGUUGAGGGUGAGACGGAGCGAUGGACGUGCUUGGAGAAGGGUGUUUUAAAGGCAGCGGAGAAGGUAUGUUGUAGAAGUAAAGGCGGUGUAGUAGAAGAACAGGCAUGGUGGUGGGAUCAACGAGUCAGCGAAGUGAUUGGCGCGAAGAAGUUGGCAUUUAAAAGGUGGAGAAAGUCGCGGACUGAAACAGAUAGGAUCGAUUACAUCCGAUUCAAGAAAAAGGCGCGAAAGGAGGUGGCUAAAGCGAAAGAAAGACAUCAGAAAGAGCUUCUCGUAAAAAUGCAGGAGAAUGGAAGAAAAGCGUUGUUUAGAACAGCUAGAAGGAGCAAGAAGGAGAGGAACGAUUUUGGUGCUCCGGCGUGCAGAACCACGAUGGGGAGUUGA